AAAGACUGAGGACAGAUUGGUAUUCUCAAAGGAAAUCGUUAUCCUGACAUUGAAGAUUGAAUGGCGACGGUGGCGGCGGCGCCGUGGUUUAGAGCAAGGUUGAUCCCUGAAUUGAAGAAUGGGCAGUCACUACUCUGCUUCCGUAGAAGAAGCUUCUCAGUUUAUGCUUCAUCGGAGGAUGUCCGUGUUCGCUUUGCGCCGUCUCCUACCGGUAAUCUCCACGUGGGAGGCGCUAGAACUGCACUCUUUAACUACUUAUACGCAAGGUCCAAAGGCGGAAAAUUUAUACUCCGGAUUGAGGACACUGACCUCGAAAGAUCCACUAGGGAGUCUGAGGAGGCUGUGCUUCGUGACCUUUCUUGGCUUGGCCUUGCUUGGGAUGAAGGUCCUGGAAUUGGUGGGAACUAUGGCCCAUACAGGCAGUCCGAGAGGAAUGCCCUUUACAAGCAAUUUGCUGAAAAACUUUUACAAUCCGGUCAUGUUUAUCGAUGUUUUUGCUCAAAUGAGGAAUUAGAGAAGAUGAAAGAGAUUGCAAAGUUGAAGCAGUUGCCUCCGGUAUACACUGGGAGGUGGGCCAGUGCUACAGAGGAGGAAGUGCAAGAAGAGCUGGCAAAGGGGACCCCAUACACAUAUCGGUUUCGAGUACCGAAAGAAGGGAGUUUAAAAAUUGAUGACCUCAUUCGUGGUGAAGUCAGUUGGAACUUCGACACGCUUGGAGACUUUGUGAUCAUGAGAAGUAAUGGACAACCUGUUUACAACUUUUGUGUCACAGUUGAUGAUGCUACUAUGGCUAUCUCCCAUGUCAUAAGAGCGGAGGAACAUUUGCCGAAUACUCUAAGGCAAGCAUUAAUAUACAAGGCACUAGGUUUUUCAAUGCCCCACUUUGCGCAUGUUUCUUUAAUUCUUGCCCCUGAUAGAAGCAAGCUCUCUAAACGGCAUGGUGCAACUUCAGUUGGUCAGUUCAGGGACAUGGGCUAUUUGCCUCAGGCAAUGGUGAAUUAUCUAGCUCUUUUGGGAUGGGGUGAUGGUACAGAAAAUGAGUUUUACACCCUUGAACAACUUGUUGAAAAGUUCACAAUUGAACGUGUAAACAAAAGUGGUGCCAUAUUUGAUUCGACCAAGUUGAGGUGGAUGAAUGGUCAGCAUUUGAGAUCUCUUCCAUAUGAAGAGUUGAACCAAAUCAUUGGUGAAAGGUGGAAGGAUGCAGGCAUUCUUACAGAAUCACAAGGAGUCUUUAUACAGGAUGCUGUUCUACUCCUGAAAGAUGGGAUUGACUUGAUACCAGAUUCAGAGAAAGCGCUUUCAAGUUUGCUAUCUUAUCCUUUAUAUGAAACUUUGGCAAGUACUGAAGGAAAACCGAUCUUAGAAGAUGGAGUUUCUGAAGUUGCUAAGAGCUUGUUAGCCGCCUAUGACAGUGGUGAGCUGUCUGGUGCACUUGCAGAAGGCCAACCUGGAUGGAAAAACUGGGUGAAAAACUUUGGUAAAUUGCUGAAGCGCAAGGGAAAAUCUCUCUUCAUGCCCCUUCGAGUGUUGCUAACAGGAAAGCUUCAUGGACCUGAUAUUGGGGCCACCACAGUUUUGCUCUAUAAAGCUGGAACAUCUGGCUCUGUAGUACCCCAAGCUGGGUUUGUCACAUUUGAUGAAAGAUUUAAAAUAUUGAGAGAAGUUCAAUGGGAGUCGUUCAGCACAAAUGUGCCUUUGUCUGCCGGUGCUGUAACUCAUUGAUAUUGAGGCGAUAUUCUGUUGGAUUAUCCAUAGUAUGACUUCCAUCUCCCAUCCCCUGUAGAAACAAAACAAGGGUGAUCUUUUUGUGUUUGCACCUCCUGGAUUCUUUUUUUGUAUCCCCUGGUAAGGCUGUGCUGAUUGUGAAGCUACUUCUCUUUUUUUGAAGGGUGCGACCAUGACCUGCUCGAUAUCUUACUGCCACUUGCCGGUCGGGGUAGCGACAGAACAAUGGUAGAAUAGUCAGCAGGGCAUUGCAGCUUUCAUUGCAUAAACAAUGGCUAUAUAUUGCGUUUAUUGUUCUAUGUGUACAGGCUUACAGUGAUUGACUAACAAGGAUUUUUUUUGUAAAAUUUUCUUUUCUGGUGAUGUGCUAAACCGUUGCAUUCACUUUCUUGGUAUUGUUCAGCCGUGGAAUUAAGUCAGACGUUGUUGGUAGCA